AUGAAAGAAAAAAGCAUUCAACGAAACAGGAUCGAUUUAAAAACCAGUGCUGCAGUGAACUCUGAUAUUUCAUGACGACAAGAUCACGUAGCAUAAUAAUGGAAAUAAUACUUAUUUUCUGUAGCUUAGUUGUGUUUUUUGGUGAUUCAACAACGGCACAAAAUCCAUGUAUAACUCCAAACCAGGAAGAAGGUAAAUGCGUUCCCCUCCGACAAUGUGAUGAAUUGUAUAAGCUUCUUUCGCUAACAUUAAACAACGAUCAACUGGAAUUAUUAAGGAAAUCACAGUGUGCCACUAUUGGACGUAAUCCAUAUGUAUGUUGUUCAAACUCUCCACCUCCACCAUCUGCAUCUGAAUCUGACUUCCCACCACCCGGUCAAUGUGGAACCCAAUUUAAAGAGCGUAUCAUAGGCGGUGAAGAAACUGAUAUUGGCGAAUAUCCUUGGAUGGCAUUACUGAAGUACACCAAACUUAAUGGUCAAGGUGGUGGUUACUACUGUGGUGGAGCAAUUAUUCAUAAAGAUUAUGUUGUGACUGCCGCGCAUUGUAUUCGUGGUUCUAGUUUGAUAAAAAAUCGAUUUAAGCUUACUUCGAUUCGGCUGGGUGAACAUAAUCUUCAAAGUGAAAAAGAUUGUGCAGAAAUUAGUAAUGAAUGCGCAGAUCCAGUGAAAGAUGUAUUAGUUGCAGAGGAAAUUGUUCAUGAAAAUUAUGCAUCUGAAUCGAGUCAACAAGCUCACGACAUAGCGUUGAUACGAUUGGCCGAAUCAAUUCAUUUCACCGAUUGGAUUCGCCCAAUUUGCUUACCAUUCGCAUCAUAUCUGCGAAACAAAAACUUUGAUGAUUCCACGGUGGUCGUUGUUGGCUUUGGAAAGACCGAAAAUGCAUCGCGAAGUGAAAUUAAAAUGAAGUUAGAAAUGAAAGGAUUUAAUUUAAACCGUUGCAAUAAUGUAUACAAGUUGGCGGGCAUUACAUUGGCAGAUCAUCAACUUUGUGCUGGCGGCGAACAGGGACGAGACAGUUGUUCUGGUGAUUCAGGUGGUCCGUUGUUGGCAGAUGAUUUACUCAAUAAAGCGAAUCCAUACUCCUAUUUAGUAGGCGUUGUAUCAUUUGGACCAAAAAUCUGUGGAACACCAGGAUUUCCAGGGGUUUACACCAGAAUCGAUAAACACUUGGACUGGAUUUUAAGUCAUGAAUUGGUGAAGGUGAUGAAUCAAAUUGCCAUGGCGGGCCAUGCUGGAGCUGCAUCUGGCGGAUUUGUCGAAAUAAGAGAACAAGCAAUUAAAACGCACUUCAUGUUUUUGCAUACGUUGGCCGGGCGUAUUCGCGUUGCGAAAAUCGCGUCAUAUCCAUACCAGCUACCUGAGGAUGAAGAAGAGCUUGCAGAAGGUGGUGCGCCGGCUGAAAAAGUGGCAAGGAUGACAAUUGAUGAAGAAGAUGAGGGUAGCGAACCACAACACGACGAGCCAGAAGCUGACGAUGAAGGAGAAGCAGACAUGGUACACCAAAUGGAUGAGACCUUUGGAGGUUUUCAACCACCGGGCGCAUCAUCACCAGCGCAACCGGGUGGGUCGUCGGAGGAUAUGGGAGUUGAACAAACCUCUCGACCUGUGUUUAAAUCCCAACGAGGUCCCGAUCGAAAUAUAAUGCUCGAUGUACAACCGACGCCGGUUUCAUCAUCGACACCAUCAGGUUCGGUCGCUCAAUUACCGGCAACCACAAGUGGGAUUGGCGGUAAACGGAAACGGAAAGAUUCGCCAUUGCUAUUACACCGACGUCGUUCUACCGGCGACUCAAAGGAAGUCGCUACACGUGUGCUUAAAACAAUUUUUCAAAACAUGCGCAUCUUCAACAAAAAGGAUGAAUUAAAGAAUUUACGAAAUUGGACAAUCUGUACAAUCGAUUGCAAAGGAAAAAGUGCCCAUCAAGCUGGAACUUUCACUUUGUUUGGUACCCGUCGAACACAAGCAACAGAGUGCCCAGUCCUCUAUCGGAAUUGUUUGCUGUCACUGAUAAUUACAAGUAAUCUAGCAAAAAAUCCAUGUACAACUCCAGAUCAGAAAAAUGGUGUAUGUAUUUCCCUUCAGCAAUGUCCGCCUGCCUUGAAAAUUGUGAAAAAUUAUCACACAUCGACGAGAAGUCAAAUUGAUUCAGUGAGGCAGGCACAGUGUGGAUCAGUUGGCAAUACUCCAUUGGUUUGUUGUGAAGAGCCAACUUUCAAAGAGUCUGAUUUCCCCCAGCCGGGACAGUGUGGAACACAGUUAAAAGUGCGAAUUAUUGGCGGCACAGAGACAACUAUUACAGAUUAUCCAUGGAUGGCACUGAUUGAAUAUACAAAGAAUGGACAGAAGCGAUUCCUCUGUGGUGGUUCGCUCAUUAACAAAGAUUACAUUCUUACAGCGGCGCAUUGUAUUUCCGCGACUAAACUAGUGCAAAGUGGUUGGAAACCAACAUCGGUUCGAUUGGGUGAACAUGAUCUAAGCACUGAAAGAGACUGUGAGGAUAGAGAUUGUGCUCCGCCAGUGGUCAAUGUGGAUAUUGGUGAAAUAAACGUUCAUGAAGCUUACGAACCAAGCUCAUCCACACAAUAUCAUGAUAUUGCGUUGAUAAGAUUGUCGCGGUCAGUUGAAUUUACAGAAUUUAUCAAACCAGUCUGUUUACCUUUUGCACCAAAUUUGAGGGAUGCCAACUUGGACGAUGUUUCUUUGAGCGUUUCCGGUUUUGGACGAACUGAAAACGGAACGUCAAGUGAUGUUAAAUUGAAACUCGAUAUUAAUGGUUUCAAUUGGGAUCGAUGCAAUAAUCUGUACGGACGACGUUUAGUACACCAGCAAUUAUGUGCUGGUGGAAUUGAGGGAAAAGACUCGUGUUCGGGUGAUUCGGGCGGUCCAUUGAUGAGAGAUGUUAAAUUGAUGAGAACACUACCAGUUACAUACUUGGCCGGAAUAGUAUCCCGUGGCCAUCGACAUUGUGGAACAGUCGGUUACCCAGCAAUUUAUACAAGAGUCGAUGAAUUUCUCUACUGGAUAAGACAUCAUAUGAAGCACUUUUAAACAAAAUGAAACGUCUGAUGUGUGAUAUUAAAGUGGUUGACACUCAUACGUCCUCAAGGAAAAAAUUUAAGGGAGGGUAAUUGAAAAAAAUCGAGAGGGGGGUAACACUUCGUCAGGGGGGGGUAAUCGGACCCCUCGGACCCCUGCUGAGGACGUAUGUUGACACUCUAAUGAAGCCAAAUAUGAUAACGAUUAGUUUGAUUAAUUUGAUAUUUACUCAAAAGUGUGAACUUCUCUGAGGACAUGCUAUAGACAAAAAAUAUUUUUCUAUUUAACGAAAUUUCAAUCUACUAUAUGAAUGUAUUGCACAUUUUUGACCUGAACUAGAUAUUUAAAUUAGAAUUGUUUUUGGUAAAGAGAA